UCAAACCACUUCGUUGCGCGGGGGAAGAGAGAAAAAUGUCAUCGUCUUUCAAUCUCUUUUGUACCGUCCUCGUCUUUCUGCUGUUGCCUGCUAUUUCUACUCAGGAAAGUGAAGGCACUAGGCGUGAGGUAAUUGUGGCAAGGCAUGGUGCAGUUGCCACUGAUGAUGGGAGUUGCUCUGUAAUUGGGAUGGAAGUGCUUCGUACCGGCGGACAUGCAGUGGAUGCAGCGGUGGCUGCCGCUUUUUGCUUGGGCGUAGUGAAUUCAGCAUCAAGCGGUCUUGGCGGUGGAGCAUUCAUGCUAAUCAGGCAAGCUAACGGGAAAGCACAGGCACUUGAUAUGAGGGAAACAGCUCCAGCGGAAGCUUCCCAGGAUAUGUAUGCCGGAAAUGCUAGUUUGAAGGCUACCGGCGCUCUCUCCAUAGCCACUCCCGGCGAACUUGCCGGUCUUCACAAAGCAUGGAAAGACUACGGAAAGCUUCCAUGGGAAAGGCUGGUUCGGCCGGCGGAGAAUCUCGCUCGAAGAGGAUUCAAGAUUUCGCCGUAUCUCUACAUGCAAAUGGAGAAAACAAGAUCAGGAAUUUUGGCCGACAAAGGACUCCGCGAUAUAUUCACCUCAAACGGAGAACUACUGCGGCCGGGGGACAUCUGCCGCAACAUGAAAUUAGCAGAGACCCUUGGAAAGAUAGCGAGAUACGGUUCGGAGGCUUUUUAUAACGGAUCUAUUGGAGUUGAUUUGGUCAGAGACGUUCAGAGUGCCGGUGGAAUACUUACAAUUUCAGACCUGAAGAAGUACGAAGUCAAAGUCAGGGAACCGAUCUCCGCUAAGGUUCUUGGCCUGGAAAUUCUCGGAAUGCCGCCUCCUUCCUCCGGAGGCGCAUCGAUGAUACUCAUGCUGAACAUUCUUGCUCAAUAUGGAUUACCCUUUGGUAAUUCAAGUGAUCUCAGGAUCCACAGACAGAUUGAGGCUUUGAAACACGCAUUCGCGGUGAGGAUGAAUCUUGGGGAUCCUGAUUUCGUUGACGAAUCGGAAGUUGUAGCUGACUUGCUCUCUCCAAAAUUUGCAGAGGAGUUGAAGAAAACCAUUUUUGACAACAUGACUUUUGAUUCCAGUUACUAUGGUGGCAGGUGGAACCAGACCUUUGAUCAUGGCACUAGUCAUGUCUCCAUUGUAGAUGUUGAGCGAAAUGCUGUCUCAAUGACAAACACUGUGAAUUCCUAUUUUGGAUCACAGAUACUGUCGCCGAGUACAGGAAUUGUUCUUAACAAUGAAAUGGACGACUUCUCAAUGCCUACAGGCAACCGCUCUAAAAGUGUACCACCACCUGCUCCAGCCAACUUCAUCCGUCCCAGGAAAAGACCUUUGUCCUCCAUGACACCAACAAUUGUAUUGAAGGAUGAGAAGCUGAAAGCAGUGGUGGGUGCAAGUGGAGGAGCCAUGAUCAUUGCUGGCACUACAGAGGUUUUCUUAAAUCACUUCGCGUUAGGAAUGGAUCCACUCUCUUCUGUCAUGGCACCAAGAUUUUACCACGAGUUAAUACCCAAUACGGUGUUUUAUGAGAACUGGACAACCGUGAUUGGUGACCAUUUUGAAGUUCCUGCUGAUAUUAGGGCAGCCCUUCAGAAGAGGGGCCAUGUCCUAGAAAGCCUGGCUGGUGGGACAAUCUGUCAAUUUAUAGUUCAUGAAUUAGACUCUGGAAGCAUGGGAGAGCUAGUAGCAGUCAGUGACCCAAGAAAAGGAGGAUUUCCAGCUGGUUUUUGACAAGGCAUUUUACAAGGAAAACAACUAAGCAAGCAACCAUUAUCAUCUUUAUUCAUCACUCCGAUGGAAUAAUAGAAUUUCUUUUCAUGGUGGGAAUAAUAGAAUUUCAGUUUA